AUGGAGCUCAAAGUGAAGCGACGCCCUGUUGACACAACAAAGUCCGAGCAAGGGUGGAGGCAAUGGUUAGAGAAGAUGCCUGGUGAGCCUGUGACGCUCUUGGCUGAAUACAAGGAGCUUCGUCGUCAUUGGGAGGCUUACGGACGUCUGUUGGACGAAUGUCAGAGACGUCUCGAGGCUCGUCAGAACACAGUCGAGAGCUUUAUCCAAGACAUUGAGCCGCCGUCUCUUAGUUUGGUUAUUGAUUCACUGCUUGAGCUCGAGAAUAUUGAGGACCAUGAACAUGCAGAAUAG